AUGAACCGCUUAAGCUUUGGCAUCAAAUCAGCUCCGAGUGAAUUUCAUCGAAUCUUGGACCAAAUUUUAAACGGCCUAACCGGAGUUGUUUCAUACUUCGACGAUAUCAUCGUACAUGGCGAAUCCCUAAGAGAAUGCGAAGAUAAUCUAUUGAAAUGCUUCCAGAGACUUCAAGACAAUGACUUGCAUAUAAAUAGAUCAAAAUGUAAAUUUUUUGCAACCAAGAUAUCGUACCUUGGUUACCUUAUAUCGUUCAAGACAAUUGCUAAAGAUCCAAAGAAAGUUGAAGCUAUUCUCGAUGCACGAAGACCAACUAAUGAGAAGGAAGUAAAACAAUUUCUUGGACUAGUGACUUACUAUAGUAAAUUCAUCCCCAACCAUUCAACUAUCACAGCCCCGAUUCGCGAGCUACUCUGUAAGGAUUCCGGUUUUUUCUGGUCAGCGAAAUGUGAAGCAGCAUUCAUCAAGCUUAAACAUUUGAUCGGAAGCGAACAGACGCUUGUUCCAUAUGACCCUUCACUGCCAGUCACUGUUGCUUGCGAUGCCAGCCCUGUGGGAGUAGCCGCUGUUCUCUCUCAUAUCAUCGAUGGAGUCGAGAAACCGAUCUGUUUCGUAUCAAGGUCCCUUUCAAAUUCUGAGAUGAAUUAUAGCCAAAUUGAUCGCGAGGCCUUGGCUAUUGUAUUUGCACUUGACCGACUUUUUACUUAUUUAUAUGGUAGAAAGUUUACGCUCAUCACGGACAACAAACCUCUGGCAAGAAUAUUCCAUCAUCAUAGUAAUUUGCCACCCAUGACAGCCGCUAGAUUGCUCAGGUACGCAAGUUAUUUGUCUAAUUUUAACUAUGAAAUAAUUCAUCAAAACGGCGACCGAAAUGUCAAUGCCGAUUAUUUCUCAAGAAAUCCGGUCAGUAAAACUUCCAAAGAACAUUCUACAAUCGAUGAUGAAAUCUUUCAGCUCCAAAACAAUUCAUUCAGCUACAUAUCUUCAACCAACGUCACUAGUCAAAUGAUAGCACAAGAAACAUCUAAGGACCCUGAUCUGACAAAAAUAAUAAAAGAAAUCAACGCCGGAACAAGCUAUUUACAGGAAUAUACACUGCAAGGUAACAUUUUAUUCCGAGAUUCACGAGUAUACAUCCCAAAAAUUUUUCAAAAGACAAUAUUGGACGAACUUCAUGUAACACAUCCAGGCAUAGUUCGCAUGAAACAGCUAGCGAGAAGAUACUGUUACUGGCACAAUAUUGAUCGAGAUAUUGAACAAGUAGUAUGGUCAUAUCAAGCCUGCGCCCUGAACCAAAAAUCUCCAGCAAAAGCACCAACACAUCAUUGGGAAGAACCACAGGAAAAUUUUCAAAGAGUUCACAUUGACUACGCUGGACCCAAAAAUGGUAAUUUCUACUUUAUAUUAAUUGACGCGAAGUCUAAAUGGCCCGAGGUCAGAGCAAUUAAGAAAGCACCGAACACGUCCACAACAAUGUCUCUUCUAGAGGACAUAUUUUCCUGUCACGGUUAUCCGAAUUUCUUGGUAUCCGACAAUGCAACGAUUUUCAAAAAUCAGAUAUUCGAUAAAUACUGCAAGGACCGAGGCAUUACUCAGAUAUUCAUUGCGCCAGGACAUCCUGCAACCAAUGGACUUGCAGAAAGGUUUGUCCAGACAUUAAAAAUAAAGCUUGAAAAGAUGGAGAAUAACUCGGAUCAUCUAAAUCAAAUACUACAAUUAUUCCGAGCCACACAGUUGUCUUCUGGGAAAAGUCCAGCAGAGCUGUACCUGCAUCGUCAGCUACGUAUUCGUUUAGAUGCGAUAAGACCUACUAAAGAGUUACCAUCAACUGUUCCACAAAAUGGUACGAUACGUAGUCUCAAAACUGGUGACCGAGUAACUGUUCGAGUUUACAGAAACAAUAAACCAGCAUGGGAACUAGGAUUCAUCACGCAAAAGUUGGGCUCAUUACAUUACAUUGUUAAAUUAGACAGUGAUUAUAUAUUUAAAAGACAUAUUGACCAACUCAGACUCGUGAAUGUCCCAGCUCCGAAGCCAACAAUCCAGAAGACUCCAACUCAACAACCUAUCGUACAAGAUCGUCGGACAGUUUCAUUUUCAGAUCAUGAUGUGAUAGUGUGCCAUCAUCCGGUAUCUCAAGCACCAUCAUCAACACAGGCUGCAACUGAAACUCCAACUUCACGUCCUCAAGCAUCAGCAGAAGCUGUAACUAGAACUGUACCUCCACAUCCAGAGGUCCACACUCCACGACGUUCAGGAAGACAAACCAAACGCCCUAUUAGAUUCCAAUAUUAA